AUGUCUGACUCCGUUGUCGCACUUGACCUUCGGGAACCGCCGCGCCGGCAUGAGUGGACGGAUCGCCAGCGACAGGUGGUGUGCCUGUUAAGAAAGUACUAUGACAAUUCCUGGAAUGACCUCGGGAAAAUAUUCAGUGAGCUAUUUAAACACCAGCUUGGGCGACAUAGAUACUAUGACGGGAUGCCUGGAAGAAUACUGCAAGCACAGUGGCAUACGCUACGAAAUAAAAAUUCCCCGAUUUGGAGUCAGAUUCACUCGGAUUCAACUUUGACAACGACCCAGUUUGCAGUCAUUCGGGAUAUCGUCACAGUGGCCGAGACACUUGCUGUUUCUCUCCAAGAAAACCGAAACAGCACAAACGACCAACAAACAUUUUCUCAGGAUUAUUCUUUUGCACAAUCAGCCCCAUCCCCAACAUCGCCACCCCCAGUUCCCUCGUUAAAAUGCAACCCGGAUAGCAGACAACCGCGUCUUAUGUUUCGGUUCUGGAGUGCGGAGAGCAAUGGCUUCAAUUCUCCAACUCAUUUUGUUGCUGGCCUAUGGGCACAUAAGAAAAACGUUCCGCCUCUAGAUUCUGAUCCAUGUGUCGUGAAUGGUUAUGCCCACGUACACCUAUCAAGAUUCAAAGGAGACACACCAUUCAUUUCACUCUUCGAUACACCCUUGUCGCCCUUACACCGUGCUUUGCAAAAGCCAGAUGGGAUGGUUACAAUAUUUGACAUGUCUUCCUUUGAUGAGGCCCGACUGAUUUCAGCCGUUGAUGUUCUAAAAGAGAAACCACUUGAUCCGGAAAUUGGGAAAGCUUCUCUGCAACUCGCGAUGCCAGAGAAAUUUGCUGAUGAACUUGCCACGAAAAUCGCUAGAGGCUGGAAAUUCGAGUCCUUCAAGCCCGAAAACGUCCGUUUGUUCUUAGAUGGUGUUCAUGAUGGGUAUCGUCGAAAAAGACCUCGUCCUGAUGAUCAAGCUUUGAAUACGAAUGAGGACUGGGAGAUGGUCGACGAUCCGGAUAAUCCUGACUGGGAAACGGUUGAUGGCCUCGAUGAUAAUAACACUGACUGCGAAAUGUACGAUAUUAUGAACACUGAACCUACCCCUGAAGAACGACCUUCCAAUACAAGGGGACCAUUCAGCCAAGAUGUAUCAAUCGUGCAAGAGGCACCGUUUAAUCAACAGCGACAAGAGGGAUUAUUACAUCGCAACAGACCACUCGAUCAACAGCAACCAUUCACUCGAGAGGAAGUAUUCGAUCAGGACGAAUCAAUUGAUCAAGAGGGAUUAUUGGACCAACCACAAGCAUUGGAUCAAGAAAUGAAAGACGUAUUCGCCAUACGCCGAGAGCGGAUAGCAAAAAUUAUGGGAUAUUGA